AAAUCAUUUAAAUUUUACUUUUAGGACCGUUUAAACUGGGAAAAAUGGGGAUGCCACUGCUGCUAGUCAGACGAAAGGUUACUUAAAGGAGACCGAAGACUUCUAAAUUGGUGCGUUCGCACAAUACGCACAUUGAUAAAAUCUCCAUCCAAAUCGGAGCUGAAACUGCAAGGAUUACCAGUACAACCGACCCACAAAGAUGGCCAACCCGAGUCGAUGAGAUUCCAACGUCGAAUCCAAUCCACAAUGGCGGCGUUCAUAGAAAACGGAAUGGACGAUGAAGUGGCACCUCUUGUCGUCUCUCGUUUGGAAUGGUGCAACCAAAUCAACCGCUAUCUGGACAUGUUGAAGAAUACGCCAGAGUCAAUCGAGAGUGUGGCGAAUGGCAUCGAGGUCCUGAUGAAUUACCACCAACUUCAUCGAUCGGAAGCGGAACAAGACCUCGUCGAUGCCAUUUUCAGCAGAGCUUUGAAAAACGGAAGCAUUUCUCACCUUUACGCCAAACUGUUGAAGCGACUGAGGAGCGGUGACCAGAAAGGCUGGACACAAAACAUCGUCCGUCUCUUGUUCCAACUCGCCGUCGAGGAAUUCAACCGGCCGCUUGACAGUGACGAUGGAAAUGACAAGUCGAGACUCGAAAAAUUCAACAACGUCAAACUGAUGGCCGCCAUUUUGAAGAGAGAAAUGCCCGGAGUGCCGGACGGUUGGAUCACAGACUGUGCCGAGACUUUAAUCUACCGUCUCGAGACCGGAGUCACUGAAGAAUCGGUUAAGCAACUCUGCCUCUUCCUGACGACGCUGCUCAUCGCUGAACCCGGAGAAAAUUGUGAUUCGAUUACCCCGACCCGACAGAGACAAUUGCUGACCUGCUUCGAGGCUCUGGAACGAGCGGCAACUCCACCCAAAGUCCCUCAACAACCGGACGUGAAAAUACAGAAAUCGAAUGCAACGACACAGACGUUGAAACCUGAGAGCGGCGAGAGCGACACGGACACUUCUACGGACGAGUCGGACACGGAAGAAUAUGAGCCGGGCCCGGAUUCAGAGACUAAUGGCCUUCUGGAACCUGCUGAAAUCCGCACGAACUCGGCUUCUGCCUCUGACAAACGGAUGAAUUAGAAGAAACUGGAUAAUGCGUAAACUUAAACUGAGCAAAGUUCUGAUCGUACAAUUAAUUU